GCCGCGGCGGGGAGGAGGAGGCAGAGGAGACGCCGCUGCCGCUACCACCACCACGAACACCACCAGCAGCAGUAGCAGCAGCGACAACCAUGGGCUUCGCUCAUCAGCUCGGGCUGUUGCUGUGGAAGAAUGUCACCCUCAAACGGCGCGGACCGUGGGUGCUGGCUUGCGAGGUCUUCAUACCGCUGGCACUCUUCUUCGUUCUGCUCGGACUUCGGCAGAAGAAGCCGACCAUCUCCGUCAACGAAGCUUACUACUCAGCCUCGCCCUUAACCUCGGCGGGGAUCGUGCACAUCAUGCAGUCCAUCUGCCCCGACGGACAGAGGGAUGCGUUCGGCUUCCUGGAGUACCGCAACUCCAUGGUGACUCAGCUGCUGGAGCGGCUGGGCGAGGUGACGGCCGACACGGACUUGCUCUCCCCUGAGCGCGCCGGCCUGGACGUGGAGCUCGGGGCGCUGAGGCGACACGCGGCAGAGCUGGGGGGGCAGCCCGGCCCCUUGGAGCGCAGCCUCAACGCGGCCCACAACCUGACGCUCUCCACGCUGCUGAGAGACCCAGAGAGUUUCCGUGACUUCCUGAGUCGGAACCUCUCGCUGAGCGAUGGGGCGGCCGCCGCUCUGCUGGACUCGCCCAUCGACACGCGAGAGCUGUACCGCCUCUUCCUGGGCUCUUACCCUCUGGUGCCCAAGGACGCAUGGGACAAGGAAGAAGGCGACUCCAACAGCAUCCCGGCCUUCCAGGAGCAGCUGGUGUCCAAGUGGAGGAACCUGCAGAGGGGGCUUCUGCAGCAGGCGCUGCAGGACCCGGCGCUGGCUUCGCAGAGACCGGCGCUGCUGUCCGCCCUCGCACAGGCGCUGGGGCUCGCCAAUGCCAGCAGCAGUAAAGGCGGCGGCAGCAACAGCAGCAAUCGGCCAGGGGGGGAGGACGGCGGCGAUGGCGACGGCAGCGGCGCCUCGCUCGUGCGUGCUCUGCAGAACGUGCUGCUCACCCCAACGCAGCUCUUCCGCCUCGCCUGCGCCACCGACAAAGGCGAACCGCCACGGCCGCUUCUGCUGCGGCCGUCUGGCGCCGCGGCCCAGGGUGGCCUGCGCGAGGUUCGGUCCCGCCUGUGCCCGGCGGGGGCGGAGACGCAGGCGGCCGACGGCGCGGCCGGCGCUCCUCCGUGGCGGAACGACGGCGGCGGCGCCGGCGGCGAGGCGUUGGCGGCGUUCUCGAGCCUGGCGCUGGAGCUGAGGCAGCAGGUGGAGCCGGCGAAGGUGGUGCAACAGCUGGACCUCGAGCGCAUGAACGCCAGCGGCACGCGGCAGCGCCUGCAGGAGCUGCUGGAGGACGUGGGGCGGCUGCACAAGCUGCUGCGGGACAUCCAUCUGCUGUCGGGGCUGGCUCGCCUCCUCCCCAAGGGCGCCUGCGCCACCAGGCGGGGGACCGGCGCCACCUCCUCCCCGCAGGAGCCCGACGGCCACGGAGCCGGCAACGUAACCACCUUCGGCACGGGGAACGCGACAUCGACGGCGGCGCCGCCGAACGGCACGGAGGGAGCGCCGCACGAGGAUGCGGUGGCAGACGACGACGAUGACGACGAGGACGCGGCGGAUGACGGCGGCGGCAAGAACCACUUCUCGGGAUUCGUGCGGCUCUGGGCCGGGCUGCAACCCAUCCUGUGUGGGAACAAGCGAGAGAUCAACCCGGAAGCGCUGAAGCAGGGGAACAUGAGCUCCCUGGGCUUCACAAGCAAGGAGCAGCGCAACCUGGGCUUGCUUGUGCACCUCAUGACGAGCAACCCCAAGGUUCUCUAUGCGCCCGCCGGAUCGCAGGCCGACCAGGUCAUCCAAAAGGCGAACGAGACGUUUGCGUUCCUGGGGAACGUGACGCGCUACGCCCAGUUGUGGCUCAACGCCUCGCAGAAGAUCCGCGCGGUGCUGCAAGGGGGCCAGCUCCACGACCACAUGGGCUGGGGGCGCCAGCUGGUGGAGGAGCUGUCGCGUCACCCGGAGCUGCUGAACCUGUCGGGCGGCCACCUCCGCCAGGGCCUCCUGGAUGGCGCCGCGCAGCCCCUGCCCAACGCCUCCGUCGUGCUCAGGCAGCUGGACGUCAUCGACAACGCAGCCUGCGGGUGGGCCCGCUUCAUGUCCAAGGUGAGCGUCGAUGUUUUCCGCGGGUUCCCCACGGAGGACGCCAUCGUGAACUACACGCUCAACCGCGCCUACCACGAGAACGUCACCGUCUUCGCCAGCGUCAUUUUCCAGACGGACCGGCACGGCGCUCUGCCGCCGCAUGUCAUCUACAAGAUCCGGCAAAACUCGAGCUUCACGGAGAAGACCAACGAGAUCCGGCGCGCCUACUGGAGGCCCGGACCCAACUCUGGUGGGCAGUACUACUUCUUCUAUGGCUUCGUGUGGAUCCAAGACAUGAUCGAGCGAGCGAUCAUCAACACGUUCGUUGGGCACGACGUGGUGGAGCCCGGCAACUACGUGCAGCUCUUCCCAUACCCCUGCUACACACGUGACGACUUCCUGUUCGUCAUCGAGCACAUGAUGCCGCUGUGCAUGGUCAUCUCCUGGGUCUACUCCGUGGCAAUGAUGAUCCAGCACAUCGUGGCCGAGAAGGAGCAUCGUCUGAAAGAGGUGAUGAAGAUGAUGGGUCUGAGUAACGCGGUGCACUGGGUGGCGUGGUUCAUCACGGGCUUCCUGCAGCUCUCCAUCACCGUGGCAGUGCUCACCGUCAUCCUCAAGUACGGCCAGGUGCUCAUGCACAGCGACAUCUUCAUCAUCUGGCUCUUCCUCACCAUCUACGCCCUGGCCACCGUCAUGUUCUGCUUCCUGGUGAGUGUGCUCUACUCGAAGGCGCGCAUGGCAGCGGCGUGCGGGGGCAUCAUGUACUUCCUGAGCUACGUGCCGUACAUGUACGUCGCCAUCCGUGAGGAGGUGGCGCACGACAAGAUCACGGCCUUCGAGAAGUGCAUCGCCUCACUCAUGUCCACCACGGCGUUUGGCCUGGGAGCGAAGUACUUUGCGCUGUACGAGGUGGCCGGCGUGGGCAUCCAGUGGCACACCUUUCGCCAGUCGCCCGUUGAGGGAGACGACUUCAACCUCUCGCUCGCCCUGCUCAUGCUGCUGCUGGACAGCGUGGUGUACGGCGUGCUCACCUGGUACAUCGAGGCCGUGCACCCAGGCACGUACGGGCUGCCCCGGCCCUGGUACUUCCCCCUGCAGCGUUCCUACUGGCUGGGCAGCGGCCGCGCCGACGCCUGGGAGUGGAGCGGCUGGCCGUGGGGACGCGGCGGCGGCGGCGCCGGUGGAGCCGCGGGGCUCAGCAUCACCGAGGACGACCAGGCGUGCGCCAUGGAGAACCGCCACCGCGACGAGGCGCGUGGGAUGGAGAAGGAGCCCACGCACCUGCCCCUCGUGGUGUGCAUCGAGCGCCUCACCAAGGUCUACAAGACGGGGAAGAAGCUGGCGCUCAACAACCUGUCGCUCAACCUCUACGAGAACCAGAUCGUCUCCUUCUUGGGCCACAACGGCGCCGGCAAGACCACCACCAUGUCCAUCCUGACGGGGCUCUUUCCGCCCACGUCGGGCUCGGCGCGGAUCUACGGCCACGACAUCCGCUCGGAGAUGGACGCCAUCCGCAAGAGCCUGGGCAUGUGCCCCCAGCACAACGUGCUGUUCGACCAGCUCACCGUGGAGGAGCACCUGUGGUUCUACUCGCGCCUCAAGGGCAUGCAGGCCCACGACAUCCGCAUCGAGACCGACAAGAUGAUCGAGGACCUGGAGCUGAGCAACAAGCGGCACAGCAAGGCGUUGUCGCUGUCGGGAGGGAUGAAGCGCAAGCUGUCGGUCGCCAUCGCCUUCGUGGGCGGCUCGCGCGCCGUCAUCCUGGACGAGCCCACGGCCGGCGUGGACCCGUACGCACGCCGCGCCAUCUGGGACCUCAUCCUCAAGUACAAGCAGGGCCGCACGAUCCUGCUGUCCACGCACCACAUGGACGAGGCGGAUCUGCUGGGGGACCGCAUCGCCAUCAUCUCCCACGGGCGGCUCAAGUGCUUCGGUUCGCCGCUCUUCCUCAAGAGCACCUUCGGCGACGGGUACCACCUCACGCUCGUCAAGCAGCAGAGCGGCGCGGAGCCGCAAGGCUGCGCCGCCGACGUCACCGCAGCCACCUCGUCGGCCUCUUCGUCCUCCUCCACGUCGUCGUCGUCGCGCGGGAAGGGCGGCGGAAGCUCCCCGGGGGCGGGGGGUGCCGGUGGUGGUGGCGGCGGGGGCGAGAGCCCAUGCCGGGAGCCGCGGGUGACGCGCUUCAUCUGCCGCGUGGUUCCCGCCGCGACCCUGCUGUCCGACUCGAGCACCGAGCUGUCGUACGUGCUGCCCGCCGAUGCCGUGCGCAAGGGCUGCUUCCAGAAGCUUUUCCAGGCCCUGGAGGAGAAUUUGAUUGACUUGGAACUGAGCAGCUUUGGUCUGAGCGACACCACGCUGGAGGAGGUGUUCCUGAAGGUGUCGGAAGAGGACUUAUCCCAGGAGGCGAUGGAUGAAGAGGACGCGAGGAGCGGCGGCGACGACUCCGCCUCCGCCACCGCCGCCGGCAAGACCGGCGCUCGCUCCGCACGCUCGCCGGGCCGCGGCGCCCGCGGAGCUCGUCCCGCGGCGGGGAUCGACGAGGAGGACGAGGAGGAGGAGGAGGACGACCAGGACGUGGGCUCGGCGGGAGGGACGAGCGGCACGUCGCCCGGGUCGUCGUCGUCGGUGGGCUCGGUGCGCGGGGACGAGUUUAGCGCGUACACCGUGUCCGGCGAGUACGGCCCGCUGCUCGCCCGCGCCGGACAUGACGACGCCGACACCGCCAGCCUGCGCGAGCCGGAGCCGCGUGCCACGCCAUCCCCGGAGCUCGACGGCCAGGGCAGCUACUCGCUGGACGAGUCGUGGCUGCGCCUGCGGCAGUUCCACGGCCUGCUGGUCAAGCGGCUGCACCACGCCAAGCGCAACACCAAGGGGCUCUUCUCCCAGAUCCUGCUGCCCGCCUUCUUCGUUUGCGUCGCCAUGACGGUGGCGCUUUCCGUGCCCGAGAUCAGCGACCUCCCCCCGCUGGUGCUGACGCCGUCGCAGUACCACAACUAUACGCAGCCACGGGGCAACUUUGUGCCCUUCGCCAACGAGGAGCGCAAGGAGUACCGCCUGGCUCGCUCCCCCGACGCCCGCCCCCAGCAGCUGGUGUCCACCUUCCGCCUGCCCUCGGGACUGGGCGCCACGUGCGUCCUCAAAAGCCCCGCCGGCCCCGCGGCGCCGGCGGCGACGGCGGCGUCCGGCGCCAACGGCAGCAGCGCGGAGGCGGCGGAAGCGGCGGCGGUUCAGACGGCGAACCUGAGCGAGGCGGCGCGCUCGCUGGCGGCGCGCCGCUUCGAGUCCAUGUGCCUCGACUCGUUCACGCAGGGCGUGCCGCUCUCCAACUUCGUGCCGCUGCCGGUGGCCGAGCCCAGCGCCGGUCCGUCGCUUCCUCCGUCGCCGCCGGCGCCGUUUGGCGGGACCGCCACGGUCGCGGCUCCCGCGGCAACCGCGGCGGUGACCGAUCGGGGGGAAGGAACGAGCGGCGUUGGACCUACCGGCACUACCGGCACCUCCUCUUCCUCGUCCGGCUCUGCGGUGCACGAGGCGGUGCGCUGCGUGUGCGCCCCGCACGGGACCGGCUUCUACUGCCCGACCGGCGCGGGCGGACACCCGCCCAGCACCACCGUGGUGACGGGAGACAUCCUGCAGGACGUGAGCGGGCGCAACGUGUCCGAGUACCUGCUGUUCACCUCCAACCAGUACCGCUUGCACAGGUAUGGCGCCAUUACCUUUGGAAACAUCCGCAAGUCCAUCCCACACUCCUUCGUCAACAAGGCCCCCGCCUCGAUCCGCAAGAUUGCCGUGCGACGGGCAGCACAGGUCUACUACAACCACAAGGGCUACCACAGCAUGCCCACCUACUUGAACGUCAUCAACAACGCCAUCCUGCGCGCCAACCUGCCCAAGAGCAAGGGAAACCCUGCCGCUUACGGAAUAACGCUCAUCAACCACCCCAUGAACAAGACCAGCGCGAGCCUCUCCCUUGACUACCUGCUGCAGGGCACGGACGUGGUGAUCGCCAUCUUCAUCAUCGUGGCCAUGUCGUUCGUGCCGGCCAGCUUCGUGGUCUUCCUGGUAGCUGAGAAGUCCACGAAGGCCAAGCACCUGCAGUUCGUCAGCGGCUGCGACCCGGUCAUCUACUGGCUUGCCAACUACGUGUGGGACAUGCUGAACUACCUGGUGCCCGCCACGUUCUGCAUCAUCAUCCUGUUUGUGUUCGAUCUGCCGGCCUACACCUCGCCCACCAACUUCCCAGCCGUGCUCGCCCUCUUCCUGCUCUACGGCUGGUCCAUCACCCCCAUCAUGUACCCGGCGUCGUUCUGGUUCGACGUUCCCAGCACGGCCUACGUCUUCCUCAUCGUCAUCAACCUCUUCAUCGGCAUCACGGCCACCGUCGCCACCUUCAUGCUGCAGCUCUUCGAGCAUGACAAGGACCUGAAGGCCGUGAACGAAUACCUCAAGACCAUCUUCCUCAUCUUCCCCAACUACAACCUGGGCCACGGACUCAUGGACCUGGCCUACAACGAGUACAUCAACGAGUACUACAUCAAGAUCGGUCAGGCCGACAAGGCCAAGUCCCCCUUCAAGUGGGACAUCAUCACCCGCAGCCUCGUCGCCAUGGCGGUGGAGGGAGUCGUGGGCUUCUUCAUCACCGUCAUGUGCCAGUACAACUUCCUGCGCAAGCCCAGGCGCGUGCCUGUGAGCAGCCAGCCCGUGGAGCGGGAGGACGUGGACGUCUCCGCGGAGAGGAGGCGCGUGCUGAGGGGCGACGCCGACUGCGACGUCCUCAAGGUGGACAACCUCACCAAGGUGUACCACUCGCGCAAGAUGGGCCGCAUCCUGGCCGUGGACCGGUUGUGCGUGGGCGUGCGGCCCGGCGAGUGCUUCGGCCUCCUGGGAGUGAACGGCGCCGGCAAAACGACCACGUUCAAGAUGCUGACGGGAGACGCCAGCGUCACGGGGGGGGAAGCCUUCCUCAACGGCCACAGCGUGCUGCGCGACCAGCACAAGGUGCAGCAGACCAUCGGCUACUGCCCGCAGUUCGACGCGCUCUUCGACGAGCUGACUGCGCGCGAGCACCUGGAGCUGUACACACGCCUGCGCGGCAUCCCCUGGAGGGACGAGAAGAGGGUAGUGAACUGGGCCCUGCAGAAGCUGGGCUUGACGAGCUACGCGGACAAACCGGCCGGCACCUACAGCGGCGGCAAUAAGCGCAAGCUGUCUACCGCCAUCGCGCUCAUCGGAUACCCGCCCCUCAUCUUCCUGGAUGAGCCGACGACGGGCAUGGACCCGAAGGCGCGGCGCUUCCUGUGGAACCUCAUCCUGGACAUCAUCAAGACGGGCCGCUCCGUGGUGCUCACCUCCCACAGCAUGGAGGAGUGCGAGGCCCUCUGCACCAGGCUGGCCAUCAUGGUGAACGGUCACUUCAAGUGUCUGGGCAGUAUCCAGCACCUGAAGAACAGGUUUGGCGACGGCUACAUGAUCACGAUCCGCACGCGCUCCACGCUGCACGUCAAGGAGGUGCUGCGAUUCUUCAGCCGCAGCUUCCCCGACGCCGUGCUCAAGGAGAGGCACCACACCAAGGUGCAGUACCAGCUCAAGUCGGAGACCCUGUCGCUCGCCGCGGUCUUCACCAAGAUGGAGCAGGUGCUGGACGUGCUGGGCGUGGAGGACUACUCCGUCAGCCAGACCACGCUCGACAACGUGUUCGUGAACUUCGCCAAGAAGCAGAGCGACAAUCUCGAGCAGCAGGAGAGCGGCUCGGGCCCCGUCGCGCCGGGCCGCGGCGCCGCAGGCUGCCUACCCUGCUGCCCCCCGUGCUGCCCCCCCUGCUGCCCCCCGUGCUGCCCACCGUUGUCGCCGGCCUGCCCGCCGCCGGCGCCGGCCUGGCUGUGCCGCGGCACCGCCCGCUCGGCGGAGCUGCAGGCGCUCAUCCGGGAAGCGCCACGGCGGCAGCGGCGCGGCGAUGACGACGAGGAGGAGGAGGAGGAGAGGGCCGGGCCGUGCGCCGGCGAUGACGAGCAGCUGGUCAGCGGCGACGAGGACGGCCUCGUGAGCUUCGAGGAGGACAGGGCUCAACUCGCGUUCAACACGGACACCAUCUGCUGAGGCCGACAGCCUCCGCACCUCCCUCGCUGCCCUCCCUCACCCGUCCCUUCCCCUCCCCCGGCGGUGCGGAGUCGGCGGGGGAGGAGGGGGGGUGGGCUCGCGAGCGCCGGCACGUCGAAGGCGCUAGUGCCUGGAAUCUCGCGCCACGCCGCCGGUGGAAAGGCGCUCCUUUCCUCGCCCCUCGACUGCCGGAGGAGGAGGAGGAGGGGAGCGCUCGGGAGCCGAACCCCCCCCCCCCCCCACUUCCCCGGCUCGCCAGGAGAAUGGUGGUAACGGCAGAAUGUGGCUGAAUCUCCAUGUGUCCCAUCUCUAACGGGUGUGUUCCCCCACCCCUCGCACGCACGGGGUCUGUGUGGGUUCUUUUGUCCGACCGCUCCCAUCUCCUCCCACGUGUAUAAACUCUCAUUAAACCACCUUCGUGCAUAGAGGACGGCAGAGCCUUGGCAAUCGUCGGUAGUGCCGGCUCGGCGCCGCGGCCGCUUUCCGCCUUUCCCGCUCCUCAUCUGCGUUGACUCCUCCCGGCCGGCAUGCAGGCGGUACCCACGCUUUACCCCACCGUGCACGACCUGCCGCUCGACUAUCCGCGAAGCCUCCGCUGGGUGGUCCGAGGUAGUUGGGAGGGCACGGGGCGGGGGGGUCGGGGUUUAAGGAAUGUGCGCCGUUGUUGUCUGCCGCUGGCGCUUGGGGGAUUGUAUCGAAGCGGGUCGCCUCUGAAAUGCCGACUUCCUGCGUUGACCGGUACCCGUCCGUGUAUCCAGGCGAGCGGUCACUGGGGUGUUGGGUGUGUCCAGUGCCCGCAACGCGUGCAGGCAGGGCUGAGAGAUGACCCCAACGCGUUCUUGUGGUGGGUGGCAGCGCUGUUCAAUUCUUUGCACGCAUUUGGUGGGAUAGGCUCGCACGUGUGCCGUGAGCCGUGAGCUUGCAAGGCGCUGCGCGUGGUGCAUGCCGUUCGACCGGCCGUGUCCCCGACCCAGAGUAAUGCAGCGUGUCCUCAAUACCGGAGUAAUUUAGUGGGGCGGGUGGAGGUGGGUUGCCCUCUGUAUAUCAAUUUUUGUUCCCCUACAAACUCCCAUUAUUUUCAUGAACACCAAAUUCUGCCUCAUUUUACAGCUCGUACUGUUCUUUACAUUGCUCUGAAUGUAUACCGUAAAAGCAAUCGCUGUGUGUGUAUAUAUAUGUGCGUGUGUGACACGUAGCACACCUUAAAAAUGCGGCGCUCGAAACCCACUGGGAAAAACCCGCGCCAAUUCUGGACCGUCCGCAGCCAACGCCAAAGCGUCCGCGAGGGAGCUUGGGGCCCUGUCGGCGCGCGGGGGCCAUCCCCACCGGCACCCGGGGGGCUAUCCCCGCCGGCGCCCAAAGGCCACCGGCACCUCGGGGCCGCGCUCCCCCCAGCGCAGCGGCGUGUGGAGGGGACGCGGCCCUUAAUGACGAGGGCCAAGCGGCGCUCUGCUGCGCGCCCGUUGCGUUUGUGGGCUUCGGGGCUUUGCGCCUUCUACGCUUGGUUGCUGCAGAGACACCCCGCAGUGUGCGGGGGACGCCGUGGUUUAGCCGGGCGGCGGCAGGGGGGGUGGCGGCGGCGGUGGCCGUUAGGCCGCAAGCGGCGUGCGCCGCACUGUCUGAUCUAGAGAUGUGGAGGCAGCGGCAGCGGUGGGGGGCGGGGGCUGGUGGUGGAUCACCGCGCACAGGUGGCUGUGUGAAACUCCCUUCCCCUUGGGCGUCAAGCAGGAGUCGUCACUUGGCUCUGCCUGGAGAUGGCGGUUCAGCAACGAUGUGCGCUCAACCCCGUUCUGUCUGCAUGGGGUCGAGUGUUUACCCCUUCACACGCGCGGGUCUUUUUUCCGGGUGCUCUGGUUUCCUCCCACGCGUAUAAACACUCCAUCAAUUGGCCGAUAACACCGCAUACAGAAGGCCGCAGAGCUUGGGCGAUUGUUGGCGCCGGCUUGUUGUGCGUCUGCUGCCUUGUCUGUGGUUCGGCCUCGCACCUCCGAGUCGUCCUCUCGACGAGAGCGAGCGGAUGCCGUGUGGCGGUGGCGCAUUGCUACAACCUGACGUCAUUAUGGCUGCGGUUUAUCCACUCCCGUCUUGUCCGAGGGCACGCGGUAUCCCGCUGCUAACAUACAGGGCCCACCCUGACCCUGAGUGAACCCCCAGUAUGUUGAGAGGCAGGCGUGUUCUCUUGAGAGGGCCGAGCCCAUCCUGGGAUGCCGAGUGUUCGCAGCCGAUGGGCUGGCCGUGUAUCCGGGAAUCCAGGUCGCCGUGACCGAGCACACGGAAUGACUCUGUGAACGGAUGAUGACGUGAAAUGACUUGCAUGGCUUUGCGCUCUGCUGCACAUUGCGUGGAAUGCAAGCAAAGGUGGCGGGGACCGUUUGGUGGAGCCCUUCAUGUAAUGGGACGGUGGCGCUGUACGUGUGGCCUGUGAUUAAUAGGGCACAAGGUAGGGUCACGCGGCAUGGGUGAGAGGUCACAAGGUGGAGUCACGUGGCAUGGGUGACGUCAUGCGGCAUGGGUGAGGUCACAAGGUGGAGGUCACGCGGCAUGGGUGACGUCACUGUUGGCACGAAGACGCUGCACGUUGUGGUAGGCGAUGCGUACAACCCCUUGUGCAUUUGUUAAAAGAAUUACUCUGAGUCGUGAGUUCAAGAAUCGAUCGUCUCCGUGCAGCAUGGCGUACAGCAAGCGGUUGAUGGUGGAGUAACGGCUUGUGUCAGGCCUGCUAACUCAACAACAACAACUCACUCCACAAUACGAUAGGCCUCGACAGCCGUCCUUGCUGGGGGGGGAGGUCGGGGGGGGAGCAUGUCGAGGUGAAUCGUGUGACUAGCCGCGUGACUAGCCGCGUGGCGGUGCUGCACGUGGCUGCAGCUGUAAUCCAGCACGGCGGAGUGCGGCGGCAGCAGCAGCGAGGGUUGACGGCUCGAGGCCACGUGCACGUGGCCUCGAGCCGCCACCUCUGCCCCGACACUGAGGAGUCGUUCUCCAGCUCUCUCGACGUACGAGCAACGGGUGGGCACGGGGACCGAUCCUUGCGCUCGCCACCGCGCCUCUGGCAGUGUGUGGGGGGGGGGGGGGAAUCACUCUAGCGGCUCUGCUGCAGCCUUGCAGCUGCCGUGCUGCAAGGCUGCGCCUGCCGUGCUGCAAGGCUGCGGCUGCCGUGCUGCAGCCGCAUGCUGCAGGCUGCAAGGCUGCGCCUGCCGCGCUGCAAGGCUGCGGCUGCCGCGCUGCAAGGCUGCAGCUGCCGUGCUGCAGCCGCAUG